AUGCCCAGGACCACGCCCCGUGCCUUCCGCUCCUUCGCGCAGGGCAUCCGUGGACUGGCUCGAGCGCAGGCCAUCGCUGAUGCCGGCUUGCCUGCAGAUGUGGAUGUUGUGGCCCUCGUGCGGCGGAUUGCUCUGACCCUUGCCUUCCCGGAGACGUUUCAGAAGGCCAUCGCCCUGAUGUUCGAGAAACUCGCAGAGCCCCAUGGCUUCGACGACGUGCAUGUGCUGCAUGUGAGGCACGUGCCAGAUCUCCUGGCGCACUGGGGCAUACCGGAGGACCAGAUCUCCAUCUUCUGGGCCCAACUUCGGAAGCAGGAAGCGUACUUUGAGCACAAGGUGCUCCCCGAGUACAUCACGCUCAAAGAUGUGGAGGCCGUGCUGCUCAAAGUCUUGCGCAGGGUGCGCGACAAGUACUCCACAAGCAAGGUGAGCAGGGACCAGUUCAUCACGCAGAACCAUAAGAAGUUCGACACCGAGUAUUCCAUGAUGGACUCUUGCGGCAAGGGCUCGUUUGGCGAGUGCUUCUGGGUCUCCCACCGCGUCUCGAAAAUUCGCCGUGUCUGCAAGAGGAUCCCCAAGGAGGAGACCACCCUACCAGAGGAGGAGGUGCAGUCGGAGCUUGAGAUCCUCAAGAAGCUGGACCACCCGAAUGUCCUCCGGGUCUUCGAGUGGUUUGAGGAAGAGUUCAGCUUCCUCCUGGUCGUGGAGGCGGCGACGGGUGGAGACCUCCGGCAGCUGCUCACGAAAGCCCGUCAGGACCACUUUGAGGACGGCGAGGCGAAGCCCAAUCCUGGCUUGGAUGAGAGCCUCGCCCGCGAGCUGGUGGAGCAGGCUCUCAAUGGUCUGGCUUAUGUGCACUCCAUGAGCGUCAUACAUCGGGACAUCAAGCCGGCGAACAUGCUUCUUGCGUCGGCAGACAUUCAGAAGCCACGGCUGCUGCUCGCCGACUUCGGGGUCGCCGAGAUCUUCCAAGAGUGCGCCAGCGCCGUGGUGAAAGGAACCGUGGCGUACAUGGCCCCAGAGGUCUUCUCGAACGAGACCGCCGCAGUCUCCGACGUCUGGGCCAUGGGCGUCGUAGCGUACGAGCUGCUGGCCUCGGAGCGGCCCUUCAACGCCGAGAACCCUAUGGCGAUGUACGCCCAGCUGAAGCUCACGAAUCUAAACCUUGAGCCUGUGCGCCGCGCGGACGCGUCUGAUGCGGCAGUGGCGUUCAUUCAACGCCUCCUAGUCAAGGAGGUGUCGAAGCGCCCUCUGUGCCGUGAGGCGCUGGGUGACGCCUGGUUCUCUGGUGUGGAGAAGCAAAGGUCGCUCAGCGGCCGUCAGGCUCGGAAGGCCAGGAAAAGCAUCGCCAACUUCGCGCAGAUGAGCUUCUUCUCCAAGGCUGCGCUGAAUUGCGUCGCUGCGCAGCUGGACACGCACAAGAUUGAGAAUCUGGCGGAAGCCUUCUCCGGCUACGACGCUGAUCACGACGGCCGGCUGAGUACAGCGGAGUUUGCGGCCGGCUUGGCGGAGAUGGGCGUGGAGGUGGAUGUCAUCGAUCAGCUGGUCGCUAGCAUCGACAUGGACUGUGAUGGGCACAUCAACUACACGGAAUUUGUGGCGGCGCUGCUGCAAGUUCAAGGCAAGCUGAUCGACGACGUGGUCUUCCACGCCUUCCAGAUCUUCGACCUGAAUGGAGACGGCCACAUCUCCCUGGACGAGCUGCGCAGCAUGCUCUCCGGCGGUGGGCCCUUGUCGGCAGUAUUGCCAGAUGGGAAGACGGUGGAGCAGGCUCUUCAGGACUUGGACACGUCGCAGGACGGCGUCGUCUCUUUCGACGAGUUCAAGGCCUACCUGACCAAGGAGAGCCAGGGGACCGGCCAGAACAAGAGCCCCGAAGACUCAAUCGAGGUGGACGUGCGUCAGAGCCUCGAAGUGGUCCUCCAGCAGCUGGCGUCCCUUGUUGGCCGGCCAGAGGCGGAGUUGCUGAAGCAGGCGAGGCGCCUGGCGCAUGAGCACUGGAUCACCACGGUGGCUGAGCUGAAGCAGCUGAACAGCGCGGACUGGCCGCGGCUGGGUCUCCCCUUGAAGCUGGAACAG